AUGACUCUUGCCCUCCGCACCACUGCGCCGCUCCGUUUGUCGCUUGUCCGCCUUACUGGGCGGCGCGCUUUCGCCUCGACCGGUGGCAUCCCCGAUGACAUGGAGCACGCCGUGGGGCGCGAGCGCCAGGAGCUCGAGGCCGCCACGAUGGGCGUGACGCAGUUCAACCGCGACCCGCUCGAGAGCGACGAGGCGCAGGGCAACUCGAAGGACGACCCGAUCCUUGUGCCGUCGUUCAAUGACGUGCGGACCGUGGGCGUGUCGCAUAACGACGCGUCGUACUUGUACUGGUUCAAUAUGGUCAAGGGCAAGGUGCACUACUUGCCGCAGAUUGAAAAGUACUUUAUGCUGUACAACCCCGAGGAGCUGGCGCAGCUGGUGAAGGAAGUCGAGGCCAAGCAGCAGUGA